AUGGUAAUUACACCCAAACAGGAAUUCGAAUUUCAAGCUGCAAGAAACUGUUCAAUAUGCGGUAACGACCUUGGUGAGGAUAGGGUAAGGGAUCAUGACCAUGUAACAGAAAUGUACCGUGGAGCUGCUCAUAAUAUAUGCAACCUGAAGUACAGAAUUACAUGGAAAGUGCCUGUGGUCUUCCAUAAUCUGAGAGGUUACGAUAGUCAUCUGAUUAUGCAGGAAAUUGGUAAGUUUAAGAUGAACAUCAACGUGAUCCCAAAUAAUACGGAAAAAUACAUCUCAUUCUCACUGGGUAAGAAUCUGGUCUUCAUAGACUCUAUACAGUUCAUGGCUUCUUCACUGGAAGCACUGGUAAGUAACCUUUCACCUGAGGACUUCAGGAGAGUAGGUAAGAGGUGGAAGGGUGAGGACUUCAAUCUAGUGACACAAAAAGGAGUGUUUCCAUAUGAGUUCCUCGAUGACAUUAGCAAACUCAAUACAGAAGUUCUUCCGAGUAAGGAUAAGUUCUACUCAUCACUGUAUGAGUCAGAGGUGAAGGAAGAAGAUUACCAGAGAGCUCAAAAAGUGUGGGAUCACUUCAAGAUGAAAACCAUGAGAGACUACCACGAUCUCUACUUGGAAACUGACGUUCUUUUACUAGCUGAUGUAUUUGAAAACUUCAGGAGAACAUGUCUGGAAAAUUAUGAACUUGACCCCGCACAUUACAUGUCAGCACCUGGUCUAAGUUGGGACGCUUUCCUGAAAAAGUCAGGUGAAGAAAUAGAACUUGUAAGUGAUAUGGAUAUGUUUCAGUUCUUCGAGAAGGGUAUGAGAGGUGGUACAAGUUAUAUUGCUCAUAGACACUCCACAGCUAAUAAUAAGUACAUGGAGACGUACGAUGAGUCGUCUGAUAACAAGUACUUAAUGUACCUCGAUGCUAAUAAUUUAUAUGGCUGGGCAAUGUCACAACCACUACCUAACGGAGAGUUUGAGUGGGUUGAGGAAGUUGAUGGUAUGAAUCUAGAGGAUUACUUGGGAGACAACGAAAGAGGGAUGGUUUUGGAGGUUGACCUGGAAUAUCCACAAGAACUUCACGAUCUACAUAACGGUUAUCCUCUAGCACCGGAGAGUAAGGAAAUCAGUGCUUCUAUGUUGUCAGAUUAUGCGAAGAGUAUUGCUGAGAAAUUUCAACUGACAAUUGGAGGAGUAAGAAAACUAGUGACUUCACUUGGUCCCAGGAAAAAUUACGUCUUACAUGUACGUAAUCUGAAACUGUACACAGACCUUGGGAUGAAACUCACGAAGGUCCAUAGAGCGGUUACGUUCAAGCAGUCUCCCUGGCUUAAGGACUAUAUAGACUUCAAUACGAAGAAAAGGUCUGCAGCCCGUAAUACGUUCGAAAAGAACUUCUUCAAGUUGAUGAAUAAUUCGAUUUACGGAAAGACUAUGGAGAAUCUUAGGAAAAGAGUUGAUGUGAAAUUAGUGUCCUCCAAAGACGACCUCCUAAAACUGACAGCAUCACCUUGCUUCCAGUCACAUCGAAUUAUGAAUGAGAAUCUUAUAGUGGUAAAACGGAUGAAAGAAGUUCUAACGCUAAAUAAGCCGUGUUACGUAGGAAUGAGCAUCUUAGACUUAUCUAAGACUUUAAUGUAUGAUUUUCACUACAACACAAUCAAAAAGGAGUACGGUAAUAAUUCAAGGUUACUGUUCACUGAUACUGACAGUCUAAUGUAUGAACUGAAGACGGAUGAUGUUUAUGAGAACUUUAAGAGAAUUGGUGAAAAGCAAAACUGUUGGGAUAAUUCAGAUUACCCAAAAGAUUCUCCAUACUACUCAACUCACAACAAGAAGGUUAUAGGUAAGUUUAAGGAUGAAGCUGAAGGAGUACCUAUAAUUGAGUUUGUUGGGUUGAGGUCAAAAAUGUAUUCCUAUGUAAAGGAAAACGGUGGAGGUGGAAUGACUGCUAAAGGAGUUAAAAAGUAUGUCAUCAGAAACAAGCUCACUCACGAGAACUUUAAGAAUGUAAUUAAUACGAAAGGUAGGAUGAGACAUAAUAUGAAUACAAUCAGAAGCGUAAAGCAUGCAAUUGGAACUUACGAAUUGAAAAAGGUUACUCUUAGCUGUUUUGAUGACAAAAGAUACUUACUUGAAGAUGGAGUUACAAGUUGCGCUUAUGGACACCACACAAUUGAAAAAACAGACGUUGAAGGGGUGAUUGAAGAAAAAAAAGAACCUAGCUGUGUACCAGUAAGAGUGGAAAAAAAAAUUGAUAAGUACUACCCCAGAUUACCAUUUAAGGUUGUGGUGCCUAUUAAUAGGUGGAAGUUCAAAAAACUGCAACCGUUAAGAAUGCUUGUGCCUGGUAUUAAUCACAUAAGGAACAACCUGGAUAUACUACCUCCAGAAUCGAAGGAAGAUUUGAAAAUGUUGAUGAAACUGAAAACGCAGGCGUUAGGUGUGGCACUUGUAAGAAGCAACACCAAAAAUGAGCGUGGUGUAGUUCUUAUAGGGUACUAACUAGUGCUUCAAAAUCAGGAUCCAACAAUUUUAUGGAAAGGAUGUGUGUACCCUCAAGGAGAGAAUAAAAGAUGUCGAAGAGGCUUUGGAAUAG